UGUCGUGUUUUGUAUCCUACGUACCACCGUGCUUAAUUUCCCGGACUGUAGCCUCGUACGUCGAACGCCUUUCAUAUGUUUCCCGACUGUACCUAUAACGUCUAUGACGAUAUCUGACUUGAAAUCAUGACUCUGUCCUGUAGUACUGGCUCAGAAAUACAUUGUGUGGAAGACACCUACCAAUUUGUUCACCCUGUAUGCGCGUGUCGCCUGAAAGCACCUCAUGACAUACCUCCAAGCGGUGAGCUUCACGCAGGGCUGUCGCCGCGCGCGAGUGUAGCUGCGGGAUCGACCAUCGGUGCCCUACUUCUUCCCCUCCUCCUCUUUCCCGUUCGUCUUCUCCCCUUUCCUCCCAUCAAUUUAUCCUUUCAUCCUCCACCUCUCCCUCCCGUAAUAACUCACACUCACCGUCACCAUCCACACGCAUCACCUCAUUAGGAGCGGCAUCAGCGAGUGCGCGUUGUUCUUCCUAUCCUUCACGCCUGUGCGCAGCGUCACAAUUACCAGCUCGUCGCCCAGCGCCUUGUAAGUACCAAUGCUGACGCGCUCGAUUUGAAGACUCGGACUGCGUCAAUGCGAGAGCUUGCGCGGGAUUUACCAUGCAUUCAGGACUUCAUCUAGUGAGAAGAACUGCACCCACCUGCACGCCAGAUAUCUUUUCCAACGGAUGUCCCCCACGACCAAUAUUCUUCGAAGGACGGUGCGAGUCCCAGUGUUAUGCAGCCACAUGAGGCCUAGCAGCCCACGCCCGGAAGGGCUGACCAAAGGAUUGUAGGUGAACAUUCACCUAUAUAUAUAUAUAGCCAUUGAAUGCUGGGAAAGCGAUCUUCGUAGUGUCAAACCAGGCGCAAUCGAAC